AUGUCCGCUGCAGGAGCUUCGAGCUCUGCAGCACCGCAAGUAGAACCCUCAAACACCGCCAGAGGCAUGCCCGGCAGCUCGAACCAAAGCCAUGAAGACGAUGCCGGCUCUGAAACCCCCGGCAGGUCGUCUAGAUGGCUGCAAAGGAUGCGCCAGCUGUGGCUGCAGGGAAAAGGCAUGCUGCUCGUCCUGCUGGCUCAGUUCUUCGGCGCAACGAUGAACGUCAUGGCAACGCUGCUCGAACGAGACGGACCCCACGGCAAAGGCAUGACUCCGUUCCAGAUCCUGCUUGUCCGAAUGCCUGCAACCGCCUUGUUCAGCUUCAUCUACAUGUGGAUUAUGAAGGUGCCGGAGCCCUUUGGCGCCAAAGCAGUGCGGCCUCUUCUUAACCUGCGAGGAAUGAGCGGCUUUAUAGGAGUGCUUAGCUUGUACUACUCUCUGAUCUACCUGCCGCUGGCAGAGGCUACCGUCCUGACCUUCCUCACCCCCAUUGCCUCGUGUUACGUUGCCUCCUUCGUCAUGCCGAACGAGAGGUUCACCGGGAGACAGCAGCUUGCGGGUGUCGUAUCGAUACUGGGAGUCAUCCUUAUUGCUCGGCCAGGAGCUCUCUCCCCCAAGGACUCACACACGAAGGUGGAUAGCCUCGAUGCCAGUGACGCUGCUGGCAAAAAUCCUGACAUGAAACAUCAUCUACUUGCCGUUGGAGCAGCCCUCAUAGGAGUCAUGGGAGCUACAACGGCAUAUACCAUGAUACGCAAGAUUGGCCGCCGCGCUCACCCUCUCGUCAGCGUCAACUACUUCGCCGUCUCGACCUCGGUAAUGUGUCUCCUGGCUGUUCUGGUUAUCCCAGGUGUUGACUUUAGAAUGCCGGGUAAUGUCAACGAGUGGCUUCUCUUCGUUGCCCUGGGCCUCUGUGGCUUCGUCUUCCAGUACCUUCUUACCGCAGGUCUUGCAUAUGUGCCGCCAAAGGUCGAGGGGAAGCCUUCCACACAUGGAUCAAGUGCCACUUCCAUGCUUUACAUGCAGAUCAUCUUUGCUCUCAUGUAUGACAAGCUGGUAUGGAACACUACCCCGUCUUCUACCAGUCUGCUGGGCUCCGCCAUCAUUCUGUUAAGUGCCAUGUACGUGGCUGUUACGGCCAAUCAGAGUAAAAAGGUGGAUAACGGCAGCCAGGCGAAGCCAGGAGAGACUAGCAAUAUCAAUGGGAACCAUGAUGUCGAGAGCCAGGCUUUGCCUAAGCCAUGGGAUGCCCGGGACCGUGCUUCGGCUGCUGAAGACGAAACGGAAGCUUUGCUGGGCCAACGCGGCAAUAAUGCUUGA